AUGGCAGCUUUCUGCAGAGGACGUGUUGUGAGAGUGCCCCAAGGUCCUCUUAUUCGGGUGGUGGGCACAGAGGUGGUGAUCCCUUGCAGCGUUAGCGACUAUGAUGGACCCAGCGAACAGAACUUUGACUGGGAAUUCUCCCGAGAGACUCCUGACUUCUUGCGGAUAGUGAGCACCUGGGAUUCUACAUUCACCUCCAAGGAGUACCAAAACCGUGUGGGUCAAGGGGAUAUCAAACUGAGACGGAGCAGCAACGAUGCUGUGGAACUUGUGAUUAGAAACAUCCAGCCGCCUGAUCAAGGGACAUACAAAUGCUCUACACCCAGCACUGAUGCCACCGUUCAGGGAAAUUAUGAUGCUGAGGUCCAAGUGAAAGUGAUUUCUGAUGGCUUAGUGGUGAGUGGUAUAAAAGCCCGUUCCUCACCGUCUCUCAAGCUCUCCGAGGGCGAUUCCUUCAAGUUGCGCUGCUCGGCCAUCACCACCUCUCCAGAGCACACACACCUGCAUGUGACUUGGCAGAUCAAAAGCGGAGCAACGUGGCGGGACAUCCUGUCUUUGACUCAUGAGGGCAAGUUCCAGCCUGGUCCUGGGUACGAGGAACGCUACCGCAAUGGAGAUGUCCGUUUGGACACGGGAGCAAAUGACACCUAUCAAAUAUCUGUGUCUCAGGCCUUGCAGAUGGAUGGAGGUGCCUACAGGUGCCUUGUGAGCGAGUGGGUGAGAGGGGCAGACAGUUCAUGGCAGAAGAUCCAGGAGAAGAGCGUGGAGAUAGCGAGCGUGGCAGUCCAACAGACUGCCUUGGAUGUGCUCAUCUCAACAUUAAAUGUGUCUGUGACUGAGAGAGACUCCCUGGAUCUUGCCUGUAAUGUCACCACAGACAGGAGUGGUAUUUUCCAAGCAGAAGUGACGUGGUAUUUCACCACUUCUCCUGAGGAUACCUUGUCAGAUGCUCAGGUGUUGCUGAGCAUGGACCAUGACUCUGUAGUCAGCGAUUCAACUCUCCUCAGCCUAAGCCGUGUAGAUAGGAACUCCUAUCGCCUGCUGGUGCGGGAUGUGGAUGUGGAGGACUCGGGCUACUACAUCUGCCAAGCAGCCAUUUGGGUACCGCAGCACAACGGGAGCUGGCAGAAGGUGGUGGAGGGAACUUCUGCGCCUGUCAGCGUGGUGGUGGCAGCAUUAGAGCCAGAUUAUGAGGUGUUUCUGAAUGCUUCUAAAACACCCAAGUUCUCAGAUGACCCUACGGAGCUUGAAUGCAGGAUCACAAAUGCUCAGGACUUGGAAGCAAACACCCGCUUUACAGUUUCGUGGUACUACAGGCUGCGGUUGCGCAGCGACGACGUGGUGCCAGAGGAACUCCUGGCCUCCAUGGAUGCAGACUGGACUCUACUGCUGGGGGACAGGAGCAGGGAGCGGACUCAGAACGGGGAAAUAAUCUUCUCCAAGAAAGCUGUUAACACCUUCAGUUUACGAAUCCAGUGGACUUCAGAAAGUGACAGAGGGGACUAUUUCUGUGUCAUCUCUGCAUGGAGUAGGCACCGCAACAACAGUUGGGUAAAGAGCAAAGAUGUCGCUUCUGCACCUGUCAGCAUUUUCUGGGCUACACAAGAUUACACGUUGACAGUGGAGGCAGUGAGACUGAAGCCGUUCUUUGUGGCAGGCCACACCUUUGAGAUGACGUGCAAAGUGUCCUCGAAGAACAUCAAGACUCCACGCUAUUCUGUCCUCAUAACUGCAGAGAAGCCGCUCGCAGAUCAGUCCAAUCCCAAUGGUACCACUCGCAUCAUCUCCUUGAACCAGGAUUCAGUGGUGCGGCUGGAAGACUGGACGGAUCAGACUCGCGUGGAUGGUGUGGUUCUGGAGAAGGUCCAGGAGAACGAGUUUCGCUACAGGAUGUAUCAGACCCAGAUUUCGGAUGCUGGGCUCUAUCGCUGUGUGGUGACUGCCUGGUCGCCAGGUGGUGGUGGCAUGUGGCGGGAAGCAGUGAAUGGCCUCUCCAAUCCUAUCCAGAUAGACUUCCAAACCUCAGGUCCCGUGUUUAAUGUCUCAGUGCAUUCGGACAACCAGAUGAUUUACCAGGGUGAACUGGCAGAUUUGCUGUGUAUCAUCACCACGGAAGGAAUGGCGCUUGAGCCAGAUGACAUGUCCUUUGAUGUCUCCUGGUUCGCGGUGCGCUCCUUCGCCCUGGAUAGAGAGCCUGUCUUGCUGGCCUCGCUGGACCGCAGAGGGAUCAUGACACAGAGCAGGAGAAAUGGGAGCAGUGAUCUCAGCCUGGAGAGAAUCAGCCCGCUGGAAUUCCGCCUCCGUGUGUACAGCUGCGAGGACCAUGACUUUGGGAACCACUACUGCGUAGUGACGCCGUGGGUGCGCUCUGCCACCGGGGUAUGGCAGCGGGAGCCCGACAUCAAAGCCAAGCCCAUCUUUCUAUCCGUGAAAAUGGAUGUUCUGAAUGCUUUCAAAUACCCGCUGUUGAUUGGCAUUGGCCUGGCCACUGUCAUUGGACUCCUAUCCUGCCUCAUCGGCUACUGCAGCUCCCGUUGGUGCUGCAAGAAGGAAGUGCAGGAAACGAGACGAGAACGUCGCCGGCUCAUGUCGAUGGAGAUGGACUGAGUGUGGGAGCCAAAAGCAAUUGCGUUUUGUGAGAGACUCGCAGGGAUCUUGGACUGUGCUGAGACACUCACAUGCAGGCCCAGACAAGACAGUGCGUUUCCUCUCCGAUUUCAGCCUGAACCUCAAGCUUCUCCUUGUUACACAUCAUGUCCUGACAGUGCUCAGGUCAUAUUUAGCAACUCAGAGUUCUCCUUUUCCAGCAGCACUUUCUGCACAGGGAAAAGUCCUCCUAAUGUGCAAACUCUUGAGCCUUCUUUCAGCAGGGCCCUGUAACAAAAUUCACCAAGUUCCCUUUUUUGUCUGUUUAUUUUCUCUCCCCUCAUGGUUUUGAAAAGAUUUGGUAUG